AUGGGUUAUGGUGAUGAAGCUCAAGUAGAUGGCGAACAAUCUUCACAAAUUGAAAACAAGCCAAAAAUCUUUUUAAUGGGUUUAAAAAGAUCAGGUAAAUCAUCAAUUCAAAAAGUUGUUUUUCAUAAAAUGUUACCAAACGAAACAUUAUUUUUAGAAACCACAAAUAAAGUCGUCAAGAAUGAUAUUUCCAAUAGUUCAUUUGUUCAAUUUCAAAUUUGGGAUUUUCCAGGUCAAUUGGAUUUUUUUGAUCCAUCAUUCGAUUAUGAACAUAUUUUAAAUAAUUGCGGUGCUAUUGUUUUUGUUAUUGAUGCUCAAGACGAAAUUGGCGAAGCCUUACAAAAACUUCAUCAAACCAUCAGCAAAGUUUAUCAAGUUAACCCAAAUAUUCAUUUUGAAGUAUUUAUUCAUAAAUCUGAUGGUUUAUCUGAUGACCACAAAAUUGAUAGACAAAGAGAUAUUCAACAAAAAACUACUGAAGAUUUAAUGGAUGCAAAUAUCAAUGUUCACCCAAGUUUCUAUGUCACUUCAAUUUAUGAUCAUUCAAUUUUUGAAGCUUUUUCAAAAGUUAUCCAAAAACUUAUUCCACAACUCCCAACUUUAGAAAAUCUUUUAGAUGUUUUUAUUUCAAGAUCAAGAAUCGAAAAGGCAUUUUUGGUUGAUGUUGUUAGUAAAAUUUAUGUUGCAACUGAUAAUUCACCAGUUGAUAUGCAAACUUAUGAGUUAUGCAGCGAUAUGAUUGAUGUUGUAAUUGAUGUUUCAUGUAUCUAUGGUCUUAAAGAAGAAGAAGAAGGUUUAGGUUAUGAUCAAGAAUCACACUCUGUUAUUAAAUUAAAUAAUGGUAUGGUUUUAUAUUUAAGAGAAGUUAAUAAAUAUUUAGCACUUGUUUGUUUACUUCGUGAAACAAAUUUCGAUAAACAUGGUUUAAUUGACUAUAACUUUAUCUGUUUCAAGAAAGCCAUCGAAGAAGUAUUUGCACGUAAAACCGCAUCCAGAAAGAAAGGAAAAAAAAUCACAAACUAA